ACGCGGUUCCGGAAGGAAGUGGUUCCGGGUCUUGCGGCCCGGCUGAGGUAGUGGUGGUGCCGCUGCCGUAGGAGGCGGCGGCCGUUGAGGGGCGAGGCCCGAGGGGGCCGGCGGUGGCGGCGGUGGCGACGGCGGGGAUUUCCCGGUUGGAGUAAAAAGUGGAUAGUGGCUCACGUGUCAAAGGAUGGCACGGUCACGAUCUAGAUCGCCCAGGUGGAAACACAGGUCUUUAUCACCAGUACCUAGAAAUUUUGAAUACUACAAGCAAAGAUAUUCUCAUGGGCAUUAUGACUGUGAAUAUAGAAAAUAUCCGAAAAGACCUGUUGCUUGGAGAAUGGACAGUGAGAAACAUGAACAGAAUAAACAAAGAAUUCCCCCUCGUGGAAAUCUAUAUUACCGAUCUUAUGAACAUAGAUCACCUUCCCCCGAGAUAAGAAACUCUGUAGAAAAUUUUUACACAUAUAAUCCUCACCGAGUGUAUUCACCAGGAAGAGGGGAUGGUAACAGAAGAUCUCAGUAUAUACCCACAUACUCAGAGGGUGUACCCUACAUAGAGCAUGAGAGGAAUUGUUAUCCCCAGAAAAUGCAAGGAAGGUAUAUUCCUGAUGACCGCAGAAUUAGAGGAAGUGGGAGAAGAGGGAAACCACCUCAGAGGUCAGUAGCAGAUUCCUUUAGGUUUGAAGGGAAGUGGCAUGAAGAUGAGUUGAGGCACCAGAGGAUGCAAGAAGAAAAAUAUUCCCAGUCACCUAGAAGAGGCUCAGAAGACUUUGACACAAGGAGCUCUUUUCAGAAGAGGUAUCCUGAGGAUCGUGAUUUCAGAAAAUAUGGACACACAUCAAAAAGACCUAAAGACGUGGCGAGGUAUGAGAACAGAGAGCCUGCCAGAAACCCAAAGUGGAAGCCUGAGCAUUUUCCUCCACCUUACCAAGAAAAGAAAGAUCAGCGCAAUUUUGCACCUCAAACUCACCGAUAUGCUGAGAGGGACUAUCCAGAGACCAGUUCAGCAACCAAAGUGUCCUAUGACUAUCGCCACAAGCAUCAUAAGCUCUCAGAAGGUGACCAGGACUUUUCUGAUGGGAGAAAUCAGAAAUACUUGAAAGAAGAAGAUAGAAAACACAGUUCUCAAAAAGGCCCUAUAGGUAGAGAGUCAGAUUGUUUUAAUGCCGGAAGAGGGAGAGAGACUGAAGAUGGGCAAGUCAAAGAACUUUUUAAACCAUCUAAGAAAGACUCAGCGGCCUAUACUCAUUCAAAUAAAAAUGAGGUUGAUUUGAAGCCCUGUAAUGACAAACGAAAGAAAAAAAUAAAGAAAGAAGAGGAAUUCAAAAAGGAGAGCAACUCCUCCAGUAACCAACCUGAUACAAGUCAAAAACUUUCCAAUGUGAAACACUCGUCUGUCAAUAUUAAGAAGAAAUCACUUACAGUUAAAGUAGAUGUGAAGAAAACAGUAGAUACAUUCAGGGCUUCUUCUAGCUAUUCCACAGAGAGACAGAUGUCACAUGAUUUGGUUGCUGUUGGCAGGAAAAGUGGGAACUUUCAUCCAGUGUUUGAACAUCUUGACUCAACUCAGAAUACUGAAAACAAACCUACAGGAGAAUUUGCUCAGGAAAUCAUAACAAUAAUCCAUCAAGUUAAAGCAAAUUAUUUUCCAUCACCUGUCAUUACUCUAAAUGAGCGUUUCUCAAAAAUGCGAAGUACUCAUGAUGCAGAUGCAAAAGAAAUUAAAUUGAAUUCAGAUCCAGAAAUUCACAGGAGAAUAGACAUGUCUUUGGCUGACCUUCAGAGUAAACAAACUAUGGUAUAUGAACCAGAUCAGACUCUGGUCAAAAUAAUAGAUCCAAAUGACCUACGACAUGACAUUGAAAGAAGGAGAAAAGAACGAUUACAGAAUGAAGAUGAGCACAUUUUUCACAUAGCUAGUGCUUCAGAGAGGAAUGAUCAACGUUCCAGUUUUUCAAAGGUGAAGAAUAUUCAUGCUGAUGGAUUCCAAAAACCUACACAUUUUGUAAAAUCAAAUUUUAGAAAAUUUAUUCAGAAACCUUACAUAGUAAGAUUGGAGUUCUGGAAUUUUCAUUUUUUGUACAUUCUCCUCAACUAUAUAUUUUCAAAAUGCCUACAACUGUGCAUUAAAAUUAUGCUAUGCGGAGAAAGGAUAUUGUUACUCAAAAACCAUUUGGAGUUGAGGGAAACCAUCAAAAUACAAGAGGCUUUAAAAGACCUUUCAAGUGCUGGGGAUCAAACUCAGGGCUUCAUGCACAACAGAGCAACUUUAGAGGUGGUAGACUCCAUCCCCCAUAUAAAUCAGACCUGGUACAGAAGAGCUUAUACAUUCAGGCUAAAUAUCAGCGUUUGCGGUUUGCUGGUCCAAGGGGAUUUAUCACUAAUAAAUUCAGAGACAGAUUACUGAGGAAAAAAAAGUUUUAAUAUUGUAAGAUCCUAGUAAAAGGAAUAUACAAACAUUGCUACAGAAACCUAAUCUGGAAUUGUUACAAAUGGAAGCAACCCUUCAGGAGGAUAUUUGGGAACAUCUGUUUUUGUCCGGAAUUAGAAUUGGCACUAAGGGCACUAAUACUGUAACUUUCUUGAUAAAAUAACUUUAUUUUUCAGUAGUGGAAUGCUGCAACUUUUUUACACUUAAAAUUGCUUUUAAAUUACAGUAUUCAGUUUAAAAGUUGUAUUAACUACCGUUUCUUUUGCAAAAAGUCUCAAUAGAAAUACUUGAAGGGCAUUAUUUGUUGAUGCAUUUUUCUCUAAGCAUGGUUUCGAGAGAACUUAACCAAGUUAUAUCCAGAUAUUUAUAUGUUGAAAGCUUUGUUUAUGUAAAACAAAAGUAUCUGAAUUGUAUAGUGUCUGUACAUGAAAGAACUUUAACAGUGGCCUUACAGUAGCUAAUUUUAUACUGGGUUUUUCUUUUUCUGAUGACAUUUUGGCUUAUAACUUGAAGUUUUCUUAAGUUUCUGAUGAUUAAGGCCUAUAUAAUUCAUACAUUUCAUAUUAUGAUAUCAGAAGGCUAGAGAAAAGGUGCUUCAAAUUUUCCAUCAGGUAGUUGUGAGUGCACUGAAUUUUUAGUAAUUUGUUCAUUCAGUUGUUUCCACAACUAUUUGCUCUUUUCCAAUUUCAAAAUGCUAUUGUGGAAAAUGUAAAGAUUUUGUAAUCUAUAUUCCAUCUUAUUUUUCCCUCAGGGCAAGCUUGUGCAUAUCAUAUUUUUAAAGGCUUUUAAAAAUGUGACAGACAAAAUCUCAUAUUUGAAAAUUGUACUUUACUACUACAGCAUUACAUGUUUUGCAAGCACAUCUUAUAGAGUGUUUAUUUUCAGUUCAGUUGAUAUGUAUAGUGUGCCUACUAUAUGUAAGAUAGAAUCGAUGGGAUUUUAAGUGAAAUUUUUAGGUCCCAGUACCUGAUUUCUUUAUGUUUUCUAUGUUCUGCUUAACAAUACAUAUACAUUCCCAACUAAAUUUUUGUGAAAUGUUUAUUUGUAAUAAAGUAAAAUAUUGUUGCUCUUUCUGCUUGAAGAAGUUA